AUGCCAACGUCAACGCUCUCGCAGGUAACUUUUGUCAACGUUGGGCCCUUGACGACAACGUGGACCGCGCCCUCAGCAUGCGCGACGAUUACGCCACCUCCAUACCUGGCUCAAUCUUACCAGGCCGCUGCUGGCAUACCCUACUGGACAGAGGAUUGUGCCGCCCUAUUAACGGAUGAUCCUUUCAACGAAUGCGUGCCAUCUGCUACAAAGAUGAACGAGGAUUGGGCCUCGCGAAAGGAUAACCCACUGAUAGGCAACGCAGUCUACUACCACUCCCCCGGGACCGUUUGUCCUUCAAACUGGACAACUGUGGGAGUUGCUGCCAGAGGCGAUGGGACAUCUUACAGCCUUUCCGGCAUAUACGCUGACCCGACAUUCACCCUCAUCCAGACUGACAGCACGACAACACACUUCGUAACUCAGUCAGGGGUGGAGCCCGACAUACAGCCAGCAGCCAACAUGUUCAUGUCCGCGAUCGAGCCUCACGAGACCGCUGUAGCCUGCUGCCCAAGCGGAUACACGGCAAGGGCACUCGGUUUGGGGUGCUUCUCUUACAUCCCGCGAGAAUGGUACACUGCAACCACUGGCUGUCAGCUGAUUGUCGACAACGAUGUAUACACCCUCAUCGACAAUACAUACACAUACCACGGCCGGACGGUCACUGGCCGAUUCCCGUCUAUUAUUGCGUCCACCGCGACCCGGCACAUCGAAACUGAAACCAUCGAGCCUGAUGAAAGCUCGAGUUUCAUUGGAAUUGUGGUGACACCAGGGGUUACGUUGGUGAACAAGGCACAGGAUACGGGAUCUGGAACCGGAGGGGGUGCAAGCACAGCCAAAGGCCAAGCUGAUUCGACAGGAACACCGAAUGCCGCAGCAUUGACCAAAACGAGAGGAUCAGGACUUUCCGGCCUGGUUGUCAUGGUUUUAGGCGUUUCCACACUGGCUGGUGCAGCUUUGAUGCUUCCUUUGUGA